CUCCUUUCCACUCUACAUAAUAUCUAUAUCUAUAUUUUCCUUAAUUUUCUUCAAAGCAAAGGGCGAAAAAAGAAAAAAAAAAAAUGGGUCUUCAAAGAUAUGUUUUCCCGUUCUUCCUCAUUAUAAUGUCCUUUUUUGUUUCAUGUUACAGCAAUAGUAUCCACGAAGAAGUCUCAGUCGUACUUGAUCACAAUCAUCUUGUUGAUGAAGAAGAAGCAUUUGGGUAUGAUUCCCAAGCUUACCCUUCAUACGUGAGCAUUCUGGAAGAUAAUAAAUUCGGGGACUUGAUCAACCAGACAACCGAUGAUAAUUUACCUCCAAGUUUAAAGAGUUUCAGUAAAUUACUGGAAAAUAAGGCUGCUGCAACUUGGUUGAAUGUCAAUGAUUUUGGAGCUAAAGGUGAUGGAACUGAUGACACUGAGGCGUUUGGGAAGGCUUGGGAGGUAGCCUGUGAAAGUAAAGGAGCAGUUGUCCUAGAGGUGCCUGAGAAGAACUAUCUUCUCAAGCCAAUCAGAUUUUCAGGUCCCUGCAGAUCUCUACUUCUUGCUGUGCAGAUUUAUGGGAGCAUAGAAGCAUCAGAUGAUGUAGCAGACUAUGGCAAAGAUAGAAGAUACUGGCUUAUGUUUGAUCAUGUUCAAAAUUUAUUAGUUCAAGGUGGUGGAACUAUCAAUGGCAAUGGGAAGAUAUGGUGGCAGAACUCAUGCAAAAUAAAUAAAACUUUGCCUUGUACUAAAGCACCAACUGCAAUAACCUUCUGUAAUUGCAAGAAUUUGGUAGUGAAGGACCUGAAGGUCCAGGAUGCACAAAAAAUGCACAUUUCUUUUCAGAAAUGCAGGAAUGUUGAAGCUUCCAAUCUCAUUGUCACUGCCCCAGAGACUAGCCCCAAUACUGAUGGGAUUCAUGUUACCAACACCCAAAACAUCCACAUGUCCAACUCUGUUAUAGGAACAGGUGAUGACUGUAUCUCAAUUGUUAGUGGAUCCAAGAAGGUUGAAGCCACUGACAUAACCUGUGGACCGGGUCAUGGAAUCAGUAUUGGGAGCUUGGGAGCAGGAAAUUCAAAAGCUUAUGUUUCAGAUGUUACCAUAAAUGGAGCUAAGCUAUCUGGAACCAAAAAUGGAGUGAGGAUCAAGACAUGGCAGGGAGGGUCAGGAAGUGCAAGCAACAUAAAGUUCCAGAACAUAGAAAUGGACAAUGUGGUCAACCCCAUUAUAAUAGAUCAGUACUACUGUGACCAGGACAAGCCCUGCAAAGAACAGGACUCGGCGGUGCAAGUGGAAAAUGUUGUGUACGAGAACAUAAGAGGGACAAGUGCUUCAAAGGAGGCUAUUAAGUUGGAUUGCAGCAAGAAUUUCCCAUGUGAAAGGAUUAUACUUGAAGAUAUUGACAUCAAAUUGGAAAGAGAUGAAGCAUCCAAAGCUUUGUGCAACAAUGUUCAAUAUUUGACUGAGAUUGGAGAUGUCUACCCUCACUGUUCUUGACACACAAGGGCAUUAUUAUUUAUGUAUACAUUAAUAAUGUUAUACAACCGAGUCUUGUGAAAUUUCUAAUUUAUUUAAAUCAGGAUGCUUAAAAUGCUUAUUUAACAAAUGUUUAUCAGUCGAUUUCAUCAUCAAGUUUAAUUUAAAAUCGAAAAAAUUAGAAUAUAAAUGAUACAACUAAACACAUAUAUUAAUGGAAAUAAUUGUUUCUUUUGUGUUAUUUAUGAUUUGUUCAUUCGCUUGUAGUUUAUCAUAUGUUAUAUUUCACACUCUCUCAACUUGGCUAUCCACCAACAGACUUUGCCAAUUUUGGCCCAUGAUAAACCAGCCGAAACUCAACAAAUAAGGGCUUUAGUAGUCAAACCAAUUUGACCUUAACAAUAAUUCAUAAUUUUAG